GAGCGCUUGCGUCGUACUUUGGCGCGAAUCUUUGUUUUGCGUCUGGUUGUUUUGGGUGGGAAAAGAGAGAAAGAACUUUUGGGACCGUUUCCUAUUGUUGGUAAAGGUACAAUUUCAAAAUGGAUGAGGGGCAUCACAGAUUCUCAGCACAAGGAAAACUUAAACGACGCCCAGAUCGCAAUGCUGAGUACAGGAGUAAAGAAUUUCGGUAUAGAUCCAGGGAUGGUGUGAGUCCAUUGAGAAGUCCACUGCAGCCAAAGAAAGAUCACUACAACAACAGAGCAAACGAGGAGACCACUGAGUCACGAGACAGGAACAGAAGGCCCAUUUGGAAAAAAAUAGAAUUCUCGGAAAAGGUGCAAGAUGGUGAUUUUCCCCCACUACGAAAAGACCUGUGUUACACGCCUGAAGCAGCUGAAUUAGGGAGCCAAACAAGAGUCAGAGAUUGGGCUGAAGAAAUGGAGAUCAGGGACCGCGAACGAUCAAUGUACAAGGGAAGAAGGAAACUUCAGCUGUGUGGGGAAGAGUCAAAUAGACAGAGAGUUGAGGGGGAAACUGACACUUCUGUAUUAGAGCGACGCCAGAAAGCGAUUGACUAUGGAAAAAACACCCUAGCCUAUGACAGAUAUAUACGACUGGUGCCCAAAACCCAGAGAUUAAAGACGCAUCCCAGAACGCCAAAUAAAUACAGGAAGUGCAGCCGUCGUUCCUGGGACAGCCAGGUUCGCCUGUGGCGUAUAGCCCUGCACCAGUGGGAUCCACCCAAUGCUGAUGGAACCACCGCACCACACAGGAAUCCUUCUCUUCUGGACACGUCUUCAGAGAGUGCCUCUGACUGUGGCGACGUUCAUCUGAGCUCACUCUCUCUGUCUCAGCCAUCGGAGCACGAUUCGGACGCCGAUUCUGAAGUAUCAUCUACUUCAACCGAUGUUGUAGGGGGGCCACAGAGAUUCACUGCUCUAGUAGACAAGGAGAACCAGCUUAUAGAUUGUGAUUUAGAGAUGGACAUUAACCUUGCUAUUGAGUGAUAAAGCUCACUGCUGCGGGGUGUGAAGCACAUAGUCAUCUUAACAUCUGGGACAAGCACCUGCUGACUGAAUGAGGGAUUGUGUGUUGUGUGAUAGAAAUUAAUAGACAAAUUAUUAGAUGAAUCUGUCAUGGUUUAUAAGAGUUGUGGUUUGUUUAUUUGCAAAGUUUUAUAUAAAACUAUGAGUUUGGAAAGUUUUUGUCUUUUCAAUUCAUAUCUUUUAUAGCAUAUUAGAAAAAUAAAAAGUACCUUGCAAUCCAAUUAGAUUGUCAUCCAUGUAUAUUAUACAACUUUUACUUUCCUUUUCAAUUGAUGAUAUUGUAAAUGUCCAUGUGAAGUUCAAUGUGCACCAAUGAGGGUCAUAGGAAAGUUCACAGACAUUUCAGGGGAUGAGAAUUUCCAAUGAAAUAUGAUCAUUACGUUACAUAUGAUCAUAACAUGAUCAUUAGUGCUACAUGUACCAGUAUAUUUAUCAUAAAUUCCCUGUAUAUUUCACCAUGUGAAUCAUUUGAAUUCGUUUUCAUGGUACAGAUUCUGAUAUUUAUGAAAUUUAAAACAUACGGUACCACAAUUUUUUAUCUCCCUUACUGAAGGGUUUUAAAUAUAGAAAUUUUAACUGUGAAAUACAAAAAUACUGCAAACUACAUAUUGGUAUACAUUCCCUUACUUUUCACCAAAUAGGAGUUUGAGCAAACUCAUUAAAAGUUGUUGAAGUAAAAUAUAUGUUUUGUCUUUAGUUGAAAAGGUCCCUAUUAAAACAUACAUUGUAUAUGAAUACUGGAAAAUGAAAUUUGUGUUUUAUAUCAUUAAAUGUGUGUAAUCUAUUCAGUCAGUUACAUGUUGUAUAAAUAUUUCUGAAUGUAAGAUUUACAGAAAGUAUGCUUGUUUAUAUAUAUGUAUUCAUAAAGAUUUAAAAUUGAGAUGGUAGAGGUAGAGAUAUGCUGUAUGAUACGAAAGAAUUGUACAUCAAAGUACAGUUCGAAAUCUGUUCUUUUGAGUUUUCACUUUUCAUUGACACCAAAUGUGCUCACUCUAGACUCUGUCUAUCCAAAACAUCGUGGAGAAUUAAAGGGGUUUUUUGUCAACAUUUUUUAAAGGCAGCAUGCUAUUUUAAUGUAGUUUUCAUAAUAAAAUAUUUUUAAAUGUACCAUUUCCCAUCUUUUAAGUUUUAAUCUAAACUUGCAUUACUGCAUAUGUACUCUUGUUUCUCGAGACAGGCAUAAUUUCAUGUACCAUUUCAUGAAAAAUUUUGAAGGCAGACUUAAGUUUACCUCAAUUGUUGUCUGUUUUUUUGUGUAAAUUAGCGUUGAAUAAAUUUAUACUCU